AUGGAACACGUAGAGCUGAGCACCAUCACUUCCGACAAGGGAUAUCAGGUCUUUGAGCUGCUUGACGAGCGGUACAAGGAGUUGGACAAGGAUGAGUUGCAGCGUUGUCUCAAGUCCUACUUCUAUGCUGCCCCGAUUAAGAACCAAGAGACCUACAGAAACUUUGUCAUUAGGAUGGACACUGGAUACCGUGGACUGGCUAGACACAAAGUAGAGCUACCAGAACCUGUGCGGGGGUGGAUUCUACUGAAGAAGCUGAUGUUGGAUUCAACUUCAGAAGCUCUCAUCAUGACAUCCACAUUGGGAUCACUCAAGUACACGGAUGUGCUGGCUGCCUUGAAGGCAGUGUUCCCGAACGGCCAAGGACGCACUGGAAGUGUUCGAGAACUACUCCAGUAUCAGACGCAAGAUGCAGGAAAAAAAACGUCCAGAGGAUUCCGACAGGUCAACACUACGGAGAAGCAGUGGAAGCUUGAAGGAAGUGUGCAAGGAAAGUUGUCCCUGCUGAAGGCAAAGACUCGAUGUCAUCACCGUCGACGCCUUGGGCAUUGGAAAAAGGAGUGCCCAAUGAAGCAAGGUGGUGACAAGAGCGCAAAGGAUACCAACGUCAUCAAGGACAAUUUCCAUACGGCAAGGGCGCCACAUCAGAAGAUUGAGUACGUUUGGCAUGGAAUGACCAAGUUCUACCUCAAGAACACGAACCAGUCUGAGAAGCCAAGUGUCUCAACCAAGGUGGUAGAUCCUGAUGCUCAAGUGGAGCAAUAUGAGCUUGAUGUGCUGAGUGCAAUUCAUGAGGGGGCGAAGCCAGUUUUUUCCAAUGCAGAACAAGCUGCAAGCUUAGAUUCUCACGCUGUUCCCGACACGGCAUGUCGCCGCACGCUCAUCGGUGACUAUGUGCUGUCAUUGCUUGGGUCUAGGUUGAAUGAGAAGGGUCUCAUUGUUACUAGGCGUAGGGAAGACAAUGAGUUUCGGUUCGGGAACGCGGGUGUUUUGAAAUCUAGUGAAGUAGCUAGCAUUCCGGUGACCAUAGGGGAUCGGCAUGUGGUCGUUCACGCAGCAGUUUUGCCAGAACCAGGCAGCAGAACACCGUUUCUCUUUUCAAAGGAACUUUUGAAGUGUUUGGAAAGCGUUUUAGAUACUUCUACUGAUGAAAUGGUUUUCAAAAGAAUCAACCAGCGAGUGAAGAUGGGAAAGACAGAGAGAGGACACUACGCAAUUCCAAUACUGCCAAAAGAGCACAUCUACAAGAAGCCAUCAGUGGUUCAAGGCGAAAAAUCCGAUCCACAUUCAUCGGAGUGCCAUGUAUCAUGCUCAGGAGGCUCCUCUGACACCACUGGCCCAGGAGCUUUUGAACGGUCUCAUCCUCGAGAACAAAAUGGACAUGACAUCGGAGGAGAUCGAUCGUUACAGCGAUCACUCAGAGGACGAGCCCGAGAAGCCAGUGAAUGGACAAGAGCUGAUGAAGCCGGCAAGUACAAGAACACCAACACCAUGGACUACGCCUAUACCAUGGACAAGAAGCGCCUGAAGUGGGUGCGCCCCAACGUUCAGCCCCAAGGGUCAAGCCCAGAGAUGAGACGAUACUGCCUCUAUGUGGAAAUGCGAGACCAAAAGAAGAUUCAGAGGAUCAACCAGAACAUGGGUUACCAACGUCCAGCUCUCCAAAAAGCCAAAGGCCAGCCAGCAAGCACGAUGACUCCGAAGGCGAAGCCAGAACCACAUGCGGGGAGCCGUCGUCGAGAGAGAGGAGGCGAAGGAUGGUCUCACGAGAUGUCAGCGACCGAGAUGGAAUACGAGGAGCACAAGGCAUGGGCAUUCUUGGAGGAGACGGAGCAGGCAGAAAACGAGCAGCAGAUGUCCAAGAUGUGGCACGAGAUCGUCAUGAAUGUGGCAGAGAAAAGCCCAGAGAAAGCACAGCAGAUGAUUCAGGUGUCAGAGAUCAUGGGCAUCAGAAAGGCAUGGACGAUGUUCCAGGCAGUGGAGAAGUAG